GUCCCACUCACCACUCGUGUCUGCACAGAGCAGAGCACUGUGUGUGCUGUCCCCAGGACCACGCUGCCUGCCAAGACCUCUGCCCACUGCCACCAGCACUAUGUCAAGCUCAAGCAGCAGUUCGGAGAAAACAAUUGAGAUGAAAAAUUUCCUUCUACACGAUGUCCUGCCUGAUCAUGAACGUAUUUUUAUGGAGGUACCAGAGAACAGCAUAAAGAUUGGGGACAUAGUGCUUUUCAACAUGGAGUCCAGCAGCAGUACUUCAACCAUCUUCAAGCACGCAACUGUCUAUUGUGGGGAGGGGGAGGUCAUCCACUUCCAGAAUAUCGAAAAAUCAAGUAAAGGGCGAAUAAGCAAAGAAGGAUUCCUGAUUAUGAGACAUCAGAGGGGGAAAUGCAAGGUUCUCAGGAAAAGGGAGGGGUUCAACCAUGAGACGUUCAAGAAGAAAGUCAAGGAGCUGAUGAACAGCACAGCCAAUUACAACUUAGUGAACAACAACUGCAUCAACUUUGCUCUCUAUCUGCUGGAUGUGGGGGAUUUCAGCUUUCAGUCCCCAAAUAGUCAUGGAGAGGAACCUGUCCUCGCAAGAUUGACUCACAACGAGAUCGUCUGAGAGGUGCCCAGAGGCUCGUACCCCAGCACACACGCCCAGAGGAGCUUUGUCCCCACAAUUCAUCUUUCCACACGUCUGCUUCCUUCAAAAGAUGACCUUUCUGUAGGCGUUCCUUUCCAUCUUUUUGCACUGGAUCAUUUAAUAGUCGGCUCUCAGCACCCCCUGCACAGGGGUACAAAUACUAACCAGCUGCUGUAUUGACUAUUUCCACUUGAAGACUGCCUGUUUUCACUGCCUUACUCUGUGUUGUUCAAAUAAUCAUAACAUUCAGAGUAAUUUGCAAAUAAGAACUGCCUAUCAAUAAUAGUGCUUAUCUGUGUAUAACAAUUCUUAUCAGUGACUUCUUGUACUACUAAUAUCUAUAGCCAAAUAAUAGUAUCCAAGGUAAUGGUAUCUCAAGUAAUUACAAUAAACAAUUGCUAUUCUUCUUAUACUACUAAUAGCUAUAUGCAAAUAAUAGUAUCCCAGAUAAUAGCAUCUCAAAAAAUUAUAAUAAAAAAUAAUAACCCAAAGAGUA